AGGGGGCGGGGGGGCCGCGCCGCGCGAGCCGUUGGGUCUGGCUCGGAGGAGGCGUCGCCGCUUUCACUGCCGGCCCGCUGCAGUCACCAGGAAACACCCGGAGCUGGAGCCAGCGCUGCGUGGCGAUGGGCGGGGGUAGAGCCCCGCCGGAGAGGCUGGGCGGCCGCCGGUGACAGCCUCUACUCCAUCCACAGCGCCUCCUGCAUGUCCUGCUGCCCUGAGCUGUCCCAAGCUAGGUGACAGCGUGUCACGCUGCCACCAUGAACGAGGUGUCUGUCAUCAAAGAAGGCUGGCUGCACAAGCGUGGUGAAUACAUCAAGACUUGGAGGCCCAGGUACUUUCUGCUGAAGAGCGAUGGCUCCUUCAUUGGGUAUAAGGAGAGACCCGAGGCUCCUGACCAGACCCUUCCUCCCUUAAACAACUUCUCCGUUGCAGAAUGCCAGCUGAUGAAGACUGAGAGGCCACGGCCCAACACCUUCGUCAUCCGCUGCCUGCAGUGGACCACGGUCAUUGAGAGGACCUUCCAUGUGGACUCCCCUGAUGAGAGGGAGGAGUGGAUGCAGGCCAUCCAGAUGGUCGCCAACAGCCUCAAGCAGCGGGGCCCAGGUGAGGACUCGAUGGACUACAAAUGUGGCUCCCCCAGCGACUCAUCCACACCAGAGGAGAUGGAUGUGGCAGUCAGCCGAGCCCGGGCCAAGGUGACCAUGAAUGACUUCGAUUAUCUCAAGCUCCUGGGCAAGGGCACCUUUGGUAAAGUCAUCCUGGUGCGGGAGAAGGCCACCGGCCGCUACUAUGCCAUGAAGAUCUUGCGGAAGGAGGUCAUCAUUGCCAAGGAUGAAGUCGCCCACACAGUCACGGAGAGCCGGGUCCUCCAGAACACCAGGCACCCCUUCCUCACCGCACUCAAGUACGCCUUCCAGACCCACGACCGCCUCUGCUUCGUGAUGGAAUAUGCCAACGGAGGGGAGCUGUUCUUCCACCUGUCCCGGGAGCGUGUGUUCACGGAGGACCGCGCGCGCUUCUAUGGCGCAGAGAUCGUCUCAGCCCUGGAGUACCUGCACUCUCGGGACGUGGUGUACCGAGACAUCAAGCUGGAGAACCUCAUGCUGGACAAAGAUGGCCACAUCAAGAUCACUGACUUCGGCCUAUGCAAAGAGGGCAUCAGUGAUGGUGCCACCAUGAAAACCUUCUGCGGGACCCCGGAGUACCUGGCGCCCGAGGUGCUGGAGGACAACGACUACGGCCGGGCGGUGGACUGGUGGGGGCUGGGCGUGGUCAUGUACGAGAUGAUGUGCGGCCGCCUGCCCUUCUACAACCAGGACCACGAGCGCCUCUUCGAGCUCAUCCUCAUGGAGGAGAUCCGCUUCCCACGCACGCUCGGCCCCGAGGCCAAGUCCUUGCUUGCCGGGCUGCUCAAGAAGGACCCCAAGCAGAGGCUUGGUGGGGGGCCCAGCGAUGCCAAGGAGGUCAUGGAGCACAGGUUCUUCCUCACCAUCAACUGGCAGGAUGUGGUACAAAAGAAGCUCCUGCCACCCUUCAAACCUCAGGUCACCUCCGAGGUGGACACCAGGUACUUCGAUGACGAGUUCACCGCGCAGUCCAUCACCAUCACACCCCCGGACCGCUAUGACAGCCUGGGCUCACUGGAGCUGGACCAGCGGACGCACUUCCCCCAGUUCUCCUACUCAGCCAGCAUCCGUGAGUGAGCGCCCGCACCUACACCUGCACGCGGGACAUGCGGACACGUGCACGCCGCCUCCCUGUGGCCACCUCUGGAUACGCGCACGCCACUGCCCGCCACCUGAGUGGCUUUUUAAAACAAACUUUAUAUUUUGCCUUUCUGGUUUGUAUCCCCAUCCUUCGCCCCCUCCCCUUCCACUUCCAGCUCCUCCUCAGUCUUCACCCAAACUCAGCAGUCUCCCCUUCGGGCCUGUCCCUCUCCUGCCCCCUGGGUGGGCUGUGGGGCAGUCAGGGCUCUCAGCACCGGCGGAGCGGACACCACGCAGGCAGCUGCCUGUACUGCUCUUCAAUAUGGAGGCCGCUUCUGGAGAUCUGGUCACUCCAAGUAGACAGCCGCCUUCACGUCCUGUCCCCUGGCCUGGCAAGAGCAGUCUGCCCCAUUGCGGGGAGAAAAGCAAUAAUGGCCGGGGACAUUAAAGUGAGAGCUGGGGUGAGGGAGCCAAGGCUUCUUCACCACCAUCCAUCGGAGCAAGGUCCUGCCUCUUCCUAGGCUGCUCUUCUGACCCUGUGGGUGAGGCCAGAGGCCGGCCAGCCCAGCCUCAAGCCCCGUGCCUUACCUGGGCUUUCUUCCAGCUGCCCUUACAUCCCACUGGACUCCUGGCCUGGCUGGGCGCCUGUGUGGUGGAGGGCACCUGGGCUGUUACACAUCCCACAAGAGACAGUAUUGGGCUUUGGACUCGGGUCAGGGGUGGAGGUGGAGGUCUCUGGUACGCAUGGGGGUCAAGGCCUCUGAGAACGGAGGCCAGGGCACUGCACCCCUCCCCAUCUCCAGGGCCCUGUGUUUGCAGCCUUAAUAUGAGCAUGAUUGAGUGUGUGUGUGCAACUUGGACUGUGUGGGCAUCUGAGCUGCUGGGAUGCACGUC